AUGUUUUCAAGCCAGAGUCAACAAUCUUCGCAAUCAUCAGAAAAGCCUUCCAAUCCGAGUGGAGGAGGAGAUACCUCGGGUGCAUCAGCGCCAGCACAACAACCAGCAUCCUCGGGAUUGAAACAUUCCACGCUAAAAGAAUUGGAAAUGGAAUUUAGUUUGUUAAGAGUACCCCUAGAGAUGGCCAAUCGAGAAUUUCGAUCCUCCCAAAAAUCCGUUGAGAAAGAUCUCGGAAUUUUAGAGAAGGCUGUUCGUGAGAUGAUUCAAAAAGCAACAAAACAAAAUGUUUCUGCACAGGAUCAAUCUGUUUUUCUUGAUAAAGUUGUUACAAAAUUGCGUGGAGUGAAACGAAAGCUUGAAGAAACCGAUGUAUUGGAAACAAAUUAUUUGAAUAAUUGCAAGGAACGUUUGGAUCAUUUGGAACAGUAUCCGAUCAUUACGGGAGCUAUUUCCCGCAGAAAAUCUAUUUCUAACAUUACAGAACAUGAAUAUCAAUUAUUGGCAGAGUGGCGAAGAACGAGAGUGAAUCGAGUCAUUGUAGAUUAUUUGUUACGAUUUGGACACUAUGAUACAGCUCUUGCUCUCUCAGAAUCUGAACAUAUCAAACACUUGGUAGAUGUUGAGGUUUUUACUCGUGUCAAGCAUAUUAUAGAGUCAUUGAUGAAUAAGGAUUGCUCUGAAGCACUCAAAUGGUGCUCUGAGAAUCGAUCAAGAUUGAGAAAAAUUUCUAGUAAUUUGGAAUUCAAUUUAAGAAUUCAAGAGUUUAUUGAACUCUCCAAGAAGGACAAAAAAGUUGAAGCCAUCAUGCAUGCGCGAAAGCACUUGACAUCAUCUUCGUCAUCUCAGAGCGACUCCAAAAAAAACGCAGAAGAAGAAAGUGUUUCACUCACACCCGAACAAACAAAUAUGGUCAAAAAAGUGAUGGCAUCUCUUGUGUUUGGUCCUUCUACUCCCAUUCCUGGUUACAAGGAGCUGUAUGAGGACUCGAGAUGGAAUGAAUUAAUUGAACAGUUUAAAUCUGACAAUUAUCAGUUGCAUGGACUCACGCGUGAACCCACUUUAUUCAUGCUUUUACGUUCUGGAUUAUCUGCUCUCAAAACACCACAUUCCUAUGAGGAAUCUUCGAUCAAUAUUAAUGAUCCCCUUUCGAAUGAUUUAUUUAGAGAAAUUGCUAAAGACUUACCAUUUGCUCACCAUCAUCACUCGAAACUUGUUUGUAGAAUUACUGGUGAUAUUAUGGAUGAUAAUAAUCCACCUAUGGUUUUGCCUAAUCAAAACGUCUAUAGUUUGAAAGGUCUUGAAGAGCUGGCCAAAAAGAAUAAUGGAAUCAUUGUGGAUCCAAGAGGAGGGCAAAGCUAUAAUUUGAGUGACGCUAAAAAGCUCUUUAUUAUGUAA